AUGGAUGAGAUCAAGAGUAUCAAUACUUCUGUUACGCCUGAGGUUGAGGUGCGUCCUAGAUUCUCACCAUCAAUGUUUGUGAAGGUUUUCAUGCAAGGUGAAGUUGUUGGGAGGAAGAUAAAUCUGGCCACUCACCAGAACUACGCCUCGUUGUCCUUCACCUUAAAAAGAUUAGGCAACAACUAUUCCAUGCCAUCAUGUGAACUUAAUGGGUUAGUAAACAAUGAAGUUGAUGGGGCAUCAGAUGACAACAACUUCAUUCUUUUCUAUGAUAACGUGGAUGGUGAUCGUUUCUUCCUUGGGGAAGUUCCAUGGGAGAUUUUUGUCAUUUCUGUCAAGAGGAUCUACAUUGUUCCAGUUCCACAAGAACAAGAGAAUGUUGCGGACAAUGCAGAGGAAGAGGAAGAAAGAGAGAAUGGUGAUGGCAAUGUUGCUAUUUCUGCUGCUCCCCUAGAUGGAGAUGAUGUCCCAGCUAAUGAUGAUGAUGAGGAGGUUGUUGAUGAUGGAGAUGCUAUGGCCAAUACUCUUGCUGAUGGAGUUUCUGAGGAGUAG